GUUGGCUACAAUCCCAAAUUUCUAAACAUUUAAGUUGAUUUCUAUACAAUGAAUCGUGUAUAGAGAUAAAACGGAGGCUAUAUUGUUCUUAGCAGGAAUAUUUCUGUUCGUAAAUUUCUAUUGAGUAAACAUGCAUUUGUGAAUCACUGUUGAAUUUUCGGUAGAGGGUAACCUACAUUUAGUGCAAUCAUUUUGUUGUAUAUGCAUGAUGGCCUAUAUUUGUUUUGAUACUCAAAAUCAUAUAUGAGAUAUAAUUAAAUAGUUUGUUAUUUAAUAAAAAAUCUAAUUUAAAUGCAAUAUUUAAAGAAUAAAUAUACCAUAUGGAAUUCCUCAUACUUUCCAGAAUUACGACAAUUUAGAACUGUGGAAUUAUCAUGUACUGGAUUAUUAUUUCAUCAUGCAAGACCUCAAGAUUUUGUAAAAUCUCAAUGGAUGUGUUUCACACCGAAAUAUUUCACAACAUAUCGUGUAUCUCUGGCAAUUCUUUUGUUGGUAUGGAUCAUAUACGAUAUUGUUAUAGAAACAAUCAGACAUUUCGAUCAUUCUGAAUAUAGUUGGAUCACAUAUGGUACAAAUUGGGCAUUUCUGAUACUUACCAUAGUUCAUAUAUCACUAACUAUCUACUGCUUGAUUUACAACAUGAAAUAUCCUAACAAUGAACCAAGAUAUUAUCAAUUGAUAUGGUUUCUGUAUAAUUUAUCAUCAACAUGUAUACUUGUGGUUUCUGUCAUAUAUUGGUUUUCAUUGUCGACCAUUCCAUUGAAUGUAUUCGCAAGUUGGCAGAGUCGAGUUAAACAUUCAUUGACUUCAGUCUUGGUCGUAAUUGACACAUGCCUUUGUGCUAUUCCGAUGCGAAUGAUACAUGUUAUUUAUCCUUGCCUACUCGGUGUGAUAUAUAGUUUAUUCACAUAUUUGUUUUGGUUACUCGGUGGUGCAGGUCCUCAUAAUAAAGGACAAAUUUAUCCUUCCAUUGACUGGAGUAAACCACAAUCAACAAUACUAGCCUGCUUUAGUGCUCUGAUGUCUGUUAUUUUAUGUCAUGCCACACUUUAUAUAAUCUAUUUCAUACGAGUGAAUAUAAGCGCUAAAUUAGGUGGUCGAGGUUUCAUGCUCGUUAAAGAAUCGAAGGAGCAACAGUGUUAUGACAAUGAUGAAUUUGAUUUAAGCGAAGAGAUCAGUGAGGAUGGGAAGCAAACUUUCCAGAUAAGGAAGAUAGAAAAUCCACAAACAACGUAUCAAAAAUAUGGUACAAUUGAAUAGAACAUUAUUUCUUCAUACACGUAGUGUGUAAACCAAAUUUUCAUAUGGUUAUCUUUAAAAAAUUGUUGAACAUUGAUUUAGUAUGAGGUGGAUACUAUUUGUUAGUGUCGUAUUCAUUUCUAUUAUCCGAUGUUAGACUGUUUCCACUUCUUAUACUGAAAAUGCGCUUCUAAUAAAUACCGACCAGGAUAGUGAGACAUGUGUUUCACCAAUCGAAAUUUUUGGCCCUUUUUAUAAAUCUAAAUCAGAUAUAACAAAAAACUGCCAUUGGCUAAAUAUACUCUUUGAGAUUACGGUCACUUAUUGACGAAGUCAAGACCGGAAUCAGCCUA